GGCAGUGCGCUGUCUCAUGUUCCCUAGGCUGCCGGCCAGAGCGGUUUGUAGGCGCCUGGUUAGCCAGGCCUAGAGUUCUGAGGUUUCCUCCGGAUGAGAACUGAGCUGCCCGCGCAGCCAGGAAACCCGGGCUUACAGCACCGGUGGGGUCCAUGUCUCGAGAUAUAAGUCCUGAUCUUCAGAGUAAAUAGAAAGUUCCAAGAAGGAAUGAGGAGUGAAGCUCUACACACAAUAGCUGCUCGAUAAACCUUUACCAAAGACGAGAAAGAGUUCUGUGAAGACAGCACUAACCUUAAUAAUGGUGUUGGAUUUCACAGAGUAAAUUCUCUGUGAGAAGAAGCUCACAAAUAUCCAGAAAUGACUGAGAUCGAGCAGGCAGAGGCCCAGCUCUCUGAGUUGGACCUGCUAGCCAGCAUGUUCCCUGGUGAGAAUGAGCUCGUAGUGAAUGACCAGCUGGCUCUGGCAGAACUGAAAGACUGUAUUGAGAAGAGGACAAUGGAGGGACGAUCUUCAAAAGUUUACUUUACUAUCAAUAUGGAUGUGGACGUAUCUGAGGAAGCAAUGGUGAUGUUUUCUCUGGCCUGUAUUUUUCCCUUUAAAUACCCUGCAGUUCUGCCUGAAAUUACUGUCAGAUCAGUAUUAUUAAGUAGAUCCCAGCAGACUCAGCUGAAUACAGAUCUGACCGCAUAUCUGCAAAAGAAUUGUCUCGGAGAUGUCUGUAUACUGAAUGCCACAGAGUGGGUUAGAGAACAUGCUUCUGGCUAUGUCAGCAAAGACGUCACACCUCUGGCUGCUCCAGGAAGUACAGCCCAGCCAGUCGACCUUAUUCUUACAAGACUGUGGAUCUAUAGCCAUCACAUCUAUAACAAAUGCAAAAGAAAGAAUAUUCUAGAGUGGGCAAAGGAGCUUUCCCUGUCUGGGUUUAGCAUGCCUGGGAAACCUGGUGUUGUUUGUGUGGAAGGCCCACAAAGUGCCUGUGAAGAAUUCUGGUCAAGACUCAGAAAAUUAAAUUGGAAGAGAAUUUUAAUCCGCCAUCGAGAAGACAUUCCUUUGGAUGGUACAAGUGAGGAAAUGGGAAGACAAAGAAAAUUCUCAGUUUUUGAAGAAAAAGUAUUCAGUGUGAAUGGAGCCAGAGGAAACCACAUGGACUUUGGCCAGCUGUAUCAGUUUCUGAAUGCCAGAGGAUGUGGGGAUGUUUUCCAGAUGUUCUUUGGUGUGGAAGGACAAUAACUGAGCAGAGGAGUAGUUGAAAAGCGUUUUGUCACUGUUAGUCUUUUGAUUUUUUCCCCACUCUUUCUUGAAAGAUUAAGUCAUUUUACUUCAGUUCCAUUCUAGAAUGUUAUGGGGGAAAAAAGAGGAAAAGUAGUAUAGCUGAAAUACAUGUGUUAAAAAUAUGUCAUGACUGAAUGAAGAAGUGAAUUUUAAAUUAUAAUCUUAAAAUUGUUGAUAGAAAUUUCUCAACAUAUAAACUACUUAUUUUGAAAGAGAGGUUAAUUAUAUUUGAGGAAGAUAAUAUUGGUGGUCCAAAUUGCCACCUAUUCUCAACCCCCUUCUCUAUCUGCUGCCACUAAAGAAGCUGGAAAGGAUAAAUGCUCACUCUCUCAGCCUCUCUUGCAGCUAGGGUGGCCUAGGGACACAGCUUUGGCCAAGGAACUUCUGGGAAAACUUUUGUUUUCCUGAUUAAAAUGAUUGAUGCAGUCAGGACACCUCUUCCCUCUCUGUCACACACACCAAAGUGAUGGCUGAAUCUGCAGUAGUCCUUUCAACCAGGAGGGAAGGAAGGGUCAAGAGAGCCACAGAGAUGCCAGUCUUCAUGUUGUUGAGCUACUGACCCAACACCAGCCCCUGCCUAUCUCUAGACAGCUUAUUAUGAAAUAAAACCAGUUUUAUUUGUA